AUGGAUGGAUAUGACACUAAAGGUCAAGCCUUACAGUCAAUUAGAAAAAUAGCAAAAAACCAUAGGCCAGAUAUAUUUGCCUUUAAAAGAGAUCCUAAAGAUAACUACAGAUGGCAACAGAUUUUUCUUGCAGGUAUUGUAGGACCCUCUGAAACUCCAUAUGAAGGUGGGAUAUUUUAUAUCUCGGUUCCGCUUUAUAAAAGCUUUUAUAUUAUAGGGCCUUCCUAUAGAUGGCGCGCAAUGCGCCAUCACCAGGCUAUGUCGGGAGAGGGUUCCACACGAGGAAUGGUUCUACGUGUGGAACCCUCUUUUUGGCUCGUGGAAAGUAGUUUUCUCACAGGUCAAAAAGAGGGUUCACACGUAGAACCAUUCCUCGUGUGGAACCCUCUCCGACAUGGCUCGGUGAUGGCGCAUUGCGCGCCAUCUAUAGGAAGGCCCUAUACAGUUCCUUACAAAAAUUUUGCACCCAAAUAUAAGCGAGGACGGAAUUAUUCAGACAGAAAUGCCCAGUUUAAUCAAAAUAGAUAUAGAAGAUGGACUUAUAUGAAUAAUAGAGCUUUUGAAAAAACCAAAUUGGGAAUUAGCCACUAA